AUGAAAUUUUUCUCAAUCCUCUUAAUUUCGCUUUCACUACUACUUUCGAAUUCGUUCUUCUUAACGUUUUCAAACAUUCCACAAGUUUCCGCAAGGACAGCCAAUGAAUGGCGCCAACGCACAAUUUAUCAAUUGCUAACUGAUAGAUUUGCGCAGCCUUCAAACGCUAAAAAUCAGACAUUGUGUGAAUCGAAUAAAGUCGAGUAUGAAGUUAGACGGUAUUGUGGUGGAACUUUUAAAGGAAUUAUCGAGAAUUUGGACUAUAUUAAAAAUUUGGGAUUCGAUGCGAUUUGGAUUAGUCCCGUGGUGACACAGUUCGAAGAAGAAACGCAAUUUGGUCUCGGAUGGCAUGGGUACUGGGCUCAAAAUAUGUAUUCAAUUAAUCCACAUUUUGGCACCGAACAAGAUCUAAAAAAUUUAGUUGAAGCAGCACAUAAGAAAGGAAUUUGGGUUAUGGUAGAUGUUGUCGCAAAUCAUAUGGGUCCACAACGUGGUAAAAAACCAAAAACAGAAGAAUACGUAAAACAGUAUACUCCCUUUAACAAUACUAGUAAUUAUCAUGAGUAUUGUAAUAUACAUAAUUGGAAUGAUCAAAACGAAGUGGAAUAUUGUAGUAUUGGCGGUGAAGAUCUUCCUUUACCAGAUCUUGACACAGAAAACCCACAAACUGCAUCUCUCCUCAUCGACUGGAUCUCUUCGCUAGUCAAAACAUAUAAUUUCGACGGAAUCAGAAUCGACACGGUAAAACACGUGCGAAAACCAUUCUGGGCAGAUUUCACGAAAUCGGCAGGAGUUUUUUCCAUUGGCGAGGUUUUUGACGGGAAUCAUGGUUAUGUUUCUGAUUAUCAAAAUUAUAUGGACGCAUUGCUUGGUUAUCCGUUGUAUUAUACGUUGAACAGUGUAUAUGCGGACGGUAAUUCAAUGUAUGGUAUUCGUGACGCGUUGAAUCAAAAUAGACAGAGCUUUAAAGAUACGAAUCUUUUGGGUAAUUUCUUGGAUGGUCAUGAUGUUCCGCGUUUUCUCUCAAAAAAAUCAGACCAAUCCAUCCUACGAAAUGCACUCGCAUUUAUCUUAUUAGCUGACGGAAUCCCAGUCGUCUACCAAGGCACCGAACAAAACUUCAACGGUAACCCAACAGUCAGUUACGGUGGCAACGACCCAUGGAAUCGUGAAGCACUUUGGUCAUCAAAAUACUCUCAAUCCACACCAACUUACCAAUUCAUCUCUACAAUUCUCACUUUCCGAAAACUGCUCCCUUCGAAGUUCUUUUCCGAAUUGAGCGUUGAAGCAUGGGUUGACGCGAAUAUUUACAUGUUUUUCAAGGAUCGUGUAAUGGUCGUCACGAGCAACUACGGCAAAGAUAGCGGGGUCUCUCGUGAUAUCAUUGUACAAGGAAACGGAAGAUGGAGCCCUGGCACAGAUAUGGUUAAUAUUUUGAAGUGUGAUGAGAUUGUCAAAGUUGACGUGAAUGGAAAUUUGCUUAUAAAGUUGAACCAGGAGCCUAAAGUUUUAUAUCCAAUGAAGGAAUUGAAUGGUAGCGGGCUUUGCAAAUUAUGA